GAGUAUAGCUUGGCUGCUUGCCUUCUCCCAUAGUUUUGCUUACCAGUUUCCCCUCAUCUACACUGCAGCUGUCGUUGAUGCUUCUAUAGACUGUAGGGGCGAUGUCGACCAAAAUAGAGCUCUCCCUGUCCCGGCCCAACCGCAUCUACCGCCCCUCCGAGCCUCUUGAAGGCAAGAUCGUGGUGAUAUCUGCUUCUUCCAUCUCUCACUAUGGAAUUCGCAUCGUCCUCAACGGAUCUGUCACCCUCCAGGUUCGAGGAGGUUCGGCCGGAGUUAUCGAGUCCUUAUAUGGUGUUCUCAAGCCAAUUAUCAUCCUGAAUAGGAUCAUCGAGAUUGAACCUUCUGGUAGAAUUGUUUCAGGUACAACAGAGAUACCGUUCUCUAUAACUCUGUGGAACCCUAAAGAAGAUAAUUCGGAAAGAUUUUAUGAAACCUUCCAUGGAACAGAUAUUAGCAUCCAGUAUUUGGCAACUGUAGAUAUAAUGAGAGGAUACCUGCAUAAAUCAUUAUCUGCUACAGUGGAAUUCAUAGUAGAAAGUGAUAAAGCUAAUCUUCUUAACCAACCAAUUUCUCCUGAUGGUAUCUUUUACGUUACUCAGGACACUCAAAGACAUCCUAUACUUCCUGAACUGAAAUCAGGUGGCUUUCGCAUCACAGGAAGAAUAUCCACACAAUGUCCGAUGCUUGAACCUCUUGGUGGAGAACUAACUGUAGAAGCAUCCGCACUUCCCAUUUCUUCUAUCGACAUUCACUUACUUCGUGUAGAGUCAGUUCUUCUUGGCGAAAAAAUCAUCACGGAAACUUCAUUGAUACAGACUACACAGAUAGCAGAUGGAGAUGUCUGUCGCAAUAUGACGCUGCCUAUAUAUGUUGUAUUACCCCGUCUUUCGACUUGUCCAACUGUCUUAGCUGGUCCCUUCUCCAUCGAAUUCAAAGUUGCAAUAGUCAUCACCUUUCAGUCUGAAUUAUCCAGACGACAUCCAAAAUCAGAUCCACUAACUCCAAGAUUAUGGAUGGCAAUGGAGACUCUCCCACUUGAACUUGUUCGAACAAGGUGAGCUCCACAAACUUUUUGAACAUCAUGCUCGAUAACAAGCAUGUGCUUGAUUAGUUAUAAACUUCAAUGUGCAAUCAUCUUUCUAGUUGUAAUUUGUGGGAAUACUAAAAACUUCAAUAUGGUUGUACUUGUGCAUUGGAUAUUUAAGAUAGUCGGUAAAUGAAAUAUUGAAUUCAUGUUACCGUUCCAUGGGAUUGAAACAAAACCUGUUUGAACUAGGAGCUUAGAUCUGUUGGUUGAUA